AGCCGCUUCAGAGAAGUGACAAGAGGUGUGUUAGGGUUGAAGGGGACGGGAGCCUGACAGUCAGCACCCAGGGAUAAAAAGCCAAAAAGUGUCUUUUAAUAUCGCAAAAAGGGAGAAAAGCGCCUGAGCAGUAAGAGAAGCCGCAGCAGGAUUAUCGCGCUGCAGAGCUGUCACACCUGAGGCAUAUCUCUAAAAGAAAAAAAAGUUUAUUUUCUCUCUAAAACCCACGUGGGACAAGUCAGCAGGGUUCAUGUGUGACAUAUACAGCCUGGACUCGCACUGCGUGUCUCCACAAUGCAACAUGAGCUGGUCCAUGGAGCCUGCUAACUUCUACGAGAGCACCAAGCUGGGGGGCCCGCAGCAGGGGGUCUGCAAGCCGGGCAACAGGAGCGACGGCCCGGCGGAGGACGGCACCAUGGUGGAGCUGAGCACCACCCCCGCCAUGUACGACGACGAGAGCGCCAUCGACUUCAGCCAGUACAUCGAGUCCAUGACAGCCGUGCCAAACUUGGAGCUGUGCAACGAUGAGCUUUUCCUCGACCUGUUCAACACCGUAAAGCAGGAGAAGGCGGAUUUCUACAACAUGCAAAGCUCCGGUCUGCCCGGCGGCAUGCAGCAGCUGUCAAACGCCUACACAGCAGAGAGGAAGACGGACGGCGCGCUGGGGAAGAGCACCUUCAGCGCACCCAUCAAGCAAGAGUCCGACUGGAGUGACAGCGACAUGUCUUCAUCCCUGCCUUCCCAGAUCGAGACCUGCGCGCAGACCUCCGUCAGCCUCCCCACGGGGCAACCGACCCCGCCGACCACCCCGGAGCCAGUCUCCGCCGUCAGCUCGGCCAAAUCCUCGCCGCGUAAGCUGGGCAGGGAAAAGGGGAAGAAGUCGGUGGACAGGUUCAGCAUGGAGUACCGACAGAGGCGAGAGAGGAAUAACAUUGCAGUGAGGAAAAGCAGGGACAAAGCCAAAAGGCGCAACAUGGAGAUGCAGCAGAAGCUGAUUGAACUGAGCGCCGAGAACGACAGGCUUCACAAAACCAUCGAGCAGCUAACCAGAGAACUCACCGGCCUCAGAGAGUUCUUCAAGCAGAUGCCCAGCUCCAGCUUUGCGGGGUCCACAAGUGUUGAGAGCCGGUGACAAAUUCUGGAACUGCUUUGAACUGAACUUUCAAGAGACAUACCUCAACAGACACUUGUUUUUUUUUUUUGUUUUUCUUACCAUCUGUACCAGAUGUAUUAAGCUUACCAUAAUGGCACUGGAAAAUAUGAUGCUGCCAUAUUUUUGUGGGAUUUUUCCUCUGUAUUAAAUUAUUUUACCACUGCAUUUAUGUGUUGUUAUACCUGAUAUGGUACUUUUUUUUUUUUUUUUAUAAUUCCAAACUUUCUAUAAGAGCCAGAGCAUGAUCUUUUAUAUAGUUUGUAUGAAACCUUGAAAAGUGUGUUUUUAUGUAAUCUGUAAUAAAAACAUUGCUGGAAAAAUUGCA